GUGAUGGAAACAAACAAGACGCAGGUGACCGAGUUUGUUCUCACAGGACUAACUGAUAUUCCAGAGCUCCGGGUGCCCCUGUUUUUAGUGUUCUUCAUCAUCUAUCUUAUCACCAUGGUGGGCAAUCUUGGGCUAAUUUAUCUCAUCUGGAAGGACCCCCAUCUUCACACCCCCAUGUACUUUUUCCUUGGAAGUUUAGCCUUUGCCGAUGCUUGGUCUUCAUCUUCUGUGACUCCCAAGGUGCUUGUGAAUCUUUUAUCUAAGAUUCAUAUGAUAUCCAUAGCUGAGUGUUUCACCCAAUUUUAUGUUUUUGCUUUCAGUGCCACCACAGAAUGUUUCCUCCUGGUAGUGAUGGCGUAUGACCGUUAUGUAGCAAUCUGUAACCCUUUGCUUUACCCAGUGAUGAUGUCCAACAAAGUCUGUACUUGGUUGAUAAGUGUGUCCUAUGUUAUCGGUUUCCUGCAUCCCAUAGUUCACGUAGGAUUGUUGUUUAGGUUAACCUUCUGCAGGUCCAAUAUCAUACAUCAUUUCUACUGUGAAAUCUUGCCCCUAUUUACAAUUUCUUGCACAGACCCAUCUAUUAAUGCAUCAGUGCUUUUUAUUUUCUCAGCUUCUAUACAAGCUUUUACUUUUAUGACCAUCUUAAUCUCCUAUACCCGUGUCCUCUUUGCCAUCCUGAAAAAAAAGUCUGAAAAGGGCAGGAGCAAAGCUUUCUCCACAUGCAGUGCCCACCUGCUCUCUGUGACUUUGUUCUAUGGCACCCUCUUCUUCAUGUAUGUGCGCCCUGGGUCUGGCCCAGAUCAAUAUCAGGAUAAGAUGUAUUCCCUAUUCUACACAAUUAUAAUCCCUCUGCUGAACCCUUUUAUUUAUAGCUUAAGGAACAAGGAAGUUUUAGGUGCUCUGAGAAAAUUAACCCAAAAAUGA